CUCGAUCCUCUCAAAAUCUCUCCACCACCAAUGAAGCGACGACGCCGUAACUCCAAACUUAAAUUCGAAGAAACCUCCGACCAAUCACCGACAUCCACGGCAGAGUUCUCCUUCUCUCUCACCAAAAUCGCCGUCAGCCAAAUCUGCCAAUCUAUUGGAUACAAAGCCACCGAUGCCUCCGCUCUCAACACUCUAACCCUAACCACCACCAAAUUCUUACAAUCCCUCGCCGAACUCGCAUCGUCGUUCUCUAACACCGCUAAUCGCACGGAGGUUAAUCUCUUCGACAUCGUCAAUGGUCUCCAAGAUAUCGCUUUAUCUACUUCCGAUUGUUUCCCCGGUGGCUCUACGGUUCACGAUAUUGAAUCUCAGUGCCUGAUCAAAUCCGCUGUUCUCCGUAACCUCUCCGAUUUCGUUACCUACGCUCCUGAGAUUCCUUUCGCUAAACCGUUACCGAGACGGGAAAGAGACGGAUCGUUCGGAGGAGAUUUGGAUCACGUGGCGGUGACUCGAUCGGUGGAUGUGACGUCAGUUCCAGCUUGGCUUCCGCCUUUUCCUGACUCUAGUCUCUGCUCCGAUCGUUGUUCAAAGGAUAAUAGAUCUGAUCACUUGUGGGAAAACUCUGAUUCCGUUAUUCGCCGUGAAAUUUUGCCGGAGAGUUUGAAAUCUAAAAGCGGAGGAAGAUUACCGGUAAUGAGAGAUAAAGUGAGAUUCAAGAUGGAACAACGAGAUUGGAGUAGUGGUGGUGAUACGAGAUUGGAGCGGUCGCGGGACAAUAACAAUGGCGAAUCUGGCCGUGAUCUUGAGGUUAAGAAGAAAAUUAGAGAAGGAUACACUUACUGUGCCGGCGAGUGGCCGUUUUAGUCUAUUCUGAUGACGUGGAAAAAAACAAAAUCGCGAGGUUUAAGAUGGAUUCGAACCCGCGAGGCUUGAGUAUAUGUGUGAUUGGCCAAUUGGAAUCUACCGCACGAGCUGCUUCUCUGAUAGUUUCGGUGCUCCAAUUGUUUAUUUUAUAAAGCCAUUACUCUAAGGAUUUACUUUAUUUCUUUCUAUGGGAUUAUUUUAAAAAUU